ACAAAUCUAACCCAGUUACUUAUUUCUUAAGUGCAGUGUGAACCACUUCAAUGAUUUGUUGAACUGCACCAGGAUCAGAUAAGGUGGAGAUAUCACCUAAUUGAUCUUCUUCACCAGCUAAUACUUUUCUUAAGAUUGUUCUCAUAAUCUUACCUGAUCUAGUCUUUGGUAAAUCAUCUACUAAAAGAUUGUUAAUUAUGGGCGCUACCAACUAUUCUUACCUGCAUAUAUUUCCAUCCCCCAUUAAUUUUACAAAAAGCGAUAAAAAUAGAAAAGUCUGAUAUAAGCUAGAUCAAUUAGUAAGAUAUUUUGAUCUAUUAUUCCAUGCCUACACCUCCAAGUGAUAUCGUAUCUGAAUAUAUCAUCAAUAUAUCAUCAGAUGAUGAUGUGGACGAUACAGACUUACAAAUCAUCGAAGAAUAUCGAAAAGAAACUCAAGAUUUAUUAGAUAAUCCAGAUCAACCUCAUCAUGAAACCAUAAAGAAAUUAUCUGAUAGUCAAUGUCCGGUAUGUUUUGAUGAAAUGACAGAAGCCACUGCUACGAGUUGUGGACAUAUGUUUUGUCUUGAAUGUAUUCAACAAUCAUUAAGUUCUUCUAAUGCUAGAGGUCAAGUUAGAAGACAUGGAGUUGGUUUAUGUCCUUUAUGUAGAAAACAAGUUACGUUUAAAGAUACUAUUAUAUUAAGAAUGAAAGUGGCAGCUAAAAUCGGUAUACCGCCUUUGCCUCCUCCUAAACCUGAUAUUGAUACUAUUAUUAUAAAUACAGGGGGUGACAUUAAAACUGAUGAAGUUAUUGGUGAUGUUAAGCAAGAAGUUAAAUCAGAAAUUAAUGAUCUUAAAACUGAUGAGACUUAUACUGAUCCAAAAUUACUUGACAUUGAAAAACAAGAAUUAAAAUCAAAUAAACGACAUCAUCAUCAUACUCAUAGUAGACCAAGUACAAAUGGUUCAACUUCAUCAACUACAUCUGCAUCUCCAAAUAAGAAAAAAUUAAAACGAUAAUAUAAUUAUUAUUAA